UGACAGAAAGCACUUCACUCUUCACCUACAAGGAAGGAGAAAGCAUCAACACAUUUUCCAACACGUCUUUUGAACCAAUGUUUAUUGAGGACUUCACAUUCGCCAACGAAACUCUAAAACAAGAAGCUCUAGAGAAAUGUGAAGGUGACGUGAACUGUUUGUUCGACGCAGCCUUGACUAAUGAUGUUACCAUGGGAACGAGUACAAAGAUAGUCGGUUCAAAUUUCAAAAACGAUUCCGAGGCACUGAAAAACUCUGUACCGAUGUUUUUCAACGACUCUUUGGCCUUGUACGUGAAGAUCAACACAACUGCACGGAUAGAGAUUUUUGCUAAGGAUGACGACGGCGAUCCACUCACUUUUUAUGUCAGCGGUAUACUUCCUGAGACUCUGGAUACUAACACAACCUCUGGAGGUAGCGUUGUUAUCUCCCGGAAGGUUACAAUGGACAAGAUUAAAUUUGAAGUUACUGUGAUGGACGACAAAGGUGCUGUAGCUUUACUGAGGCCAGAGUUACACGUGUGCGCAUGUCACAAUGGUGGAUACUGCUCUCCAGAUUCCAGUAACAACGUAUUUGCAGACUCAACCAACGACACAUUCUUCAUAAUGCCGUGUACUUGUAUCCAUGGUUACACGGGAAGAUUCUGUGAGAAUGACCUCGAUGCAUGUCAAGCGAAUCUUAACCCAUGUUACCCGGGUGUCAAAUGUACUGACCUCCCUCCCCCUGAGGAUGUGUUUGGUUACCGAUGUGGGCCUUGUCCUCAUGGCUUCACCGGCGAUGGUGCAAAAUGCUUAGAUCUUGACGAGUGUGAGGGUGGUAAUGAUGACUGCAGUCAGAUCUGUGUCAAUACUCCAGGAUCGUUCGUUUGUGACUGUAACCAUGGAUACCGAUUGAGCAUUGACCAAAAGACAUGUAACGAUAUUGAUGAGUGUUACCCUUCAAGUGACUGUAUGCAGAAAUGUACAAAUACUGAUGGAGGGUACACGUGUGAAUGUGAUGCUGGUUUCAAAGUCGAUCCAAGGGAUUCAAAGAAGUGUGUUGCCAAGCAAGAGUGUGCAAAUAGCGACCAUGGCUGCAAACACAUUUGCUACAUAAAGGACGGACAACAACGAUGCGCAUGUCAGCAGGGAUACAAGUUAAUGGAUGAUCAAAAGACAUGCGCAGAUAUUGACGAGUGCAGCACAAGAAAAUAUCGUUGUAAUCAAUACUGUCAUAAUACUGAGGGUAGCUACAAUUGCUCGUGCAAGAAGGGGUUCAGGAUGGAUAACGAUGGUGUCACGUGUGUUGACGUGGACGAAUGUAUGRAYUUGACUUAUCAAUGUCMAGAUCCUUCACUAAUCUGUCUGAAUACCGCUGGCUCGUACAAAUGUGUCUGUGGGCCCGGGUUGUACUUGACGACAAACAACACGUGUAGAGAAAUUCUACCUGGAGCUACAACCCCCUCGCCCGGACCCGCUCCAACACCAAAACCCCCAACUGUCAGCGAGAAGGACAAUGCAGUUCAAAUAACGGUGAAAGAGCUAAGCAUCGCUGAAUGGAACGAACAGGUCGAAAACAAAUUCAAGCGUUCGGUUGCUAAGGCUGUGACUUCAUUCUGUGCUUCUAAAGAUGAAGAAUGUAAAGAAGACCGAAAACGCGAAAGACGAGCUUUAGACUACAUUCUCUACACCGCUGACCAGGUCCAUUUGCUGCCCGAUUUUCCAAAGCAAAUCAACCUUAGAUCACGUGAUCUUGCUGCUGUCAUUGCUUUCUACGUGGAGUUUUCUCCUGAAGUCGUUUCUAAAUCAGGAGAUUCCAUAGCGGGUGGAACACUGGUGGAAAUCGUACAAUCUGCUAAGGCGGACAUCGAGAAAUCUUUGAAUAGAACCAUUAGUAGCAUUACUUUGAAUAAGAAAGAAGAACCUUCGAUCAAGAAAAAGCCAGAAAAGUUGAAUAUUUACGUUAUUAUCGGUGUGUCAUUGGCUGGUGUGCUGUUUAUUAGCAUUGUUGGUGUACUUAUCAGAAGAGACAUAAGUCGUAAUGCAACUUUACGCAUUAAAACAAACCAAGAAAAGGAAGAAAGGAGAACACGARCACGUAAUGUCAACAACGCCUGCUAUGACGACGGGAUACCUGGGGMGUUCCGAUUGGGUMCAGCCCAGUCYACAACCGACAUACUCSAAGAGACUGGUAACGAACAUGUCCAGACCGUGGAACUUGGCAUUGACAACCUCGAUGUUGAUGUGAAGUAGRAAGUUACUAGGAUAUUUUGUGCUCAUGAUUAUUCACGUAGCAAAGGGCUUUGCUUCCACCUAUUCACCUUGAAAUAUGUAUAUAUAUWWUAACCAGUGAUUUAUGAUAUGUGAUUGAAUUGCCUAUGUUAUACAUCACGAUUACGAACGUAAACGCAAUUCACUAGCAGACCAUUCAAUAUUCAUGCAUGAAUACCUUGAAUACUAGACUUGAAGGUCUUUUCAGUCACUCUUUAGGAAUGCAUCAGGGUUUAGGUGCACUUUAAACUCGGCGACAUUUACCGGCUUACUUCUUUUACUACCGUACCUCAGCAUUACUCCUCAUUCUUAUACAUGUUCACUCCAUACGUGUAGACUUAGUGCUUUAUUAUCAGACAGGCUUAGCAUUGUGCAAGCCGCAAAUAGAAGGCAUUUAGUCUCAUGAAUAAAACACUGUACAACAUAUGACUUU